UCCGCGCUCCUCACAUCUCACAGAGAUGUUAUUGCAUUAAGAAUAAACCAGCCAAGAGAUCAAAGAGCCGAAUGGAGUGUGCUUUUAAUGUCCCGUCACCUUUUGGCUACAGAAUCUUCGAGUGAAAACAGGAAAAGCAAGCAUCAGUUCCACGUUUUGGUUAUUGGUUUUAUACCUGGUGGAGCGUCUGGAUUCCCAACAAGCCUCCAGCCUUGCGUUUGUUUGAGCAGGAGUGUCUGGGAGGAUUACAAUGUUACUGUUCAUCACGGGCACUUGAGUUGGGUUUUCUGGAGAGUUUUUGAAUGUACGGUGUGGAGUCGUGCUCCCCGGGCUCGCAGCACUGAGAUCUGGACGUGUUGAGAACAGGGAGUCGGUGGCACGGAGUCCGCAUGGCGCAACGGGUGCGUAAAAACCUCAGCAGCAAAAAGACCUCGAACGUGGCCAGGACUAUUUCUACUCAGUCGCGGAUAAUAUAAAGGAAGUCAUUACAGUCAGAUGUCCUUUCAUUCUGUAAUUGAAUACGAGGAUCUGGUCCACUACGGCAUGGAUGCCGUCGGUAUCCCGUCUCCGAUGUACGGGGAUCCUCACGCUGCCAGAGCAAUGCAGGCGGUGCAUGUGAGUCACGGCCCGCCGCUGCACCAGUACCCGCACCCCGCAGCUCCCGGUGUCCCGUCGCCCGUUAACGGCGCACUAAAACGGGACAAAGACGCCAUUUACGGACACCCUCUUUUCCCUCUGCUUGCACUAGUCUUCGAAAAAUGUGAACUGGCGACCUGUACCCCGAGAGAGAUCGGGGUUACCGGUGAUGUCUGCUCGUCAGAGUCUUUUGAUGAAGAUCUUACAGUAUUCUCAAAACAGAUAAGGGCGGAAAAACAUUUCUUCUCGUCGAAUCCAGACUUGGAUAAUUUGAUGAUUCAAGCCAUUCAGGUGUUGCGAUUUCAUCUCCUCGAAUUAGAGAAGGUGCAUGAGCUGUGUGAUAAUUUCUGUCACCGCUACAUCAGCUGUCUGAAGGGAAAGAUGCCCAUUGAUCUGGUGGUCGAUGAUAAAGAGGGGGGAUCCAGAUCAGACGGCGAGGACUUUACACGCACCCCAGGCGGUGCAGAGCAGGUGUGUUGGAAGGAGGAUGAUGCUGCAUCCGGUCAUUCUUCUGAAGCUGCAGCUCCCUGUGGCAGACACUCACACAAUGGAGACAACAGCAGCGAGCAUGGUGAUUUUUUGGAUCAGAGUGUUGCCUCUCCAAGCACAGGAGAAGAGGAAGACCCUGAUAAAGAACGAAAGAACAACAAGAAAAGAGGGAUUUUUCCCAAAGUGGCAACCAACAUCAUGAGGGCAUGGCUGUUUCAGCACCUCACGCACCCAUACCCCUCUGAGGAACAGAAGAGACAGCUGUCUCAGGACACAGGACUGACCAUCCUCCAGGUCAACAACUGGUUUAUCAAUGCCAGAAGAAGGAUCGUCCAACCAAUGAUCGACCAGUCCAACCGUGUAGUAGGUCAUGGUGGCCCGUACACUCCUAAUGGUCAGUCAAUGGGAGGUUUUAUAAUGGAUGGACAGUCACACAUGGGCAUCAGACCACCAGCAGCUCUGGGUGGUCUUGGAGGAGUGAAUAUGGGGCUGGAGAGUCAGUGGCACUACAUGUAAACAAUCUCUCCAGCCAUCCUGCUGAACACAGCAAACAAGAGAGUUCUGGUACUUUGAAAGGACUGGUUCUCAGCUCAUGAGUUUCCGAUGGAUUGGGAAAUUGCAUUUUUACUUGCACCACCAAUAAUGGCCUAUCAUCAAUGGUACAGAUACCCUCCAAAAACCUUUACAGCUUUACUCUCGGAAAGUUCUAAAGGCGCCGUCCUCGCGACACAGACAGUUUCAGCACGCAACGAGAGCGUUCUCAUUCAAGAUGGCAACCUGGACUCGUGUUUCAUGUGAUGGGCAGAUCAACCGUAUCAGUGAAGAGAGACAACAAUAUAGAAAAGAAAUGCCUGAACAUCUGGACAUACCUCCUCUGGGCCAGGAGAUUCUUUAAUGCGACCUCUCACCUGGAACCAGGUGAUUCUUCUAGUGGCCUUAAAGGUUAAAACAAAAGUCUCGUGUCUCAACCCAAAUGCAACCUGAAAUGAAGAGUCAUUAUUCUGAAAACAAAAGACGGGGAGUUUUUCUGCUGUGGGCGUCACACCACCAGCAAACAUCUACAUCACUUGAAGACGUCAACGACAAUAACAGUCAAGAGUUUGUGAUCUAAAGAGAGAUCGUCGAGAUCUUUGUUGAAUGUCUGUGCAAAGAAAUUGAAUAUACUACAAAAAAAAAAAAACAUUCUUAAUCAGUAUUUUUGUCUUGUUUUCUGGGAAAAAUAUCUAAACAUCCUAAGAAAACAAAACAAAUGUACUUGAGAAGCUAAAUUAUUGUGCAAGAUAUUAUAUUGUAUGAGACUGUAAGACUUGUUUUUAAAGAAUGUAUCUUGAAUUAUUUUAUUUUCUUGAAAUACGUUUUUUAUUUUACCCCAUUGGAAACAUUGGCAAAUGUUUUUUGGUUUUUUUUCUUCUUCUUCUGUUUUAAGCAUAAACCUCACUAACUUUUGUUAAAACAAUAAAUCACAAUUUGCCAAUGGGGCAAUAAAAAUAAACUUGAGAUAUAUUCUCACACAAUAUUGCUAAUUAGGUCAGUUGUUUUGUAAGAUAUUA